CAUGCGGUGGUAUCGGAACUUCACGCUAAGAUGGGUGUCAAAGCAAGGUGCUGUUUGGGGCGCAGUGGUUGACGGUUUGGAGCAUGCGAAGCACACCGUCGAGAGUGCAGCCACCAUGGAUGAGCGGAAGACAUCUUUUUUGCGCAGGCUUUUCAACAACUUGCUCUGUUGUACCAGAGAGCAAAGGAGGGAUGUCAUAUUAUACCCUCCAGUGCCUGCUCCGGCCCGACCUUCAUUCCGUGCUGAUGAGAGGAUUGUGCCCCCACAAGAGCCCCCACGGAGGAGCAGAAGAAGGGUGAGAGAACAAAUUGAAGAGCUUCGUCCGUCUCAGCAAACUCAACUUCCUCAACCAUGGCCACAUUGUGAGUGGGCUACUAGUACUGAGGGAACCGGAGGGUCGUCAAGC